CUUCAAGGAGAGUUCCGAUCACAGUCGCAGCAUUCGACGAUCAACUAAAAAUGUUGAAUCAAAUACUUCUAAGUUGCAAUAUCAGAUCCCAGAAACAGUAGAUCUUUGUAGAUUUGACGUCUUUUCUGGUUGCGAUUUAACAACAUGUCCGCCGUCAGAGGCCUCAUUGGUCGACUCUGCUCCCUUUCUUUGGGUUCGAGAACAUCUUUUCAAAUUAGAGCAUUUAGUUCUGCGCCUUUAAUCGAUGAAAGUGGUAUCAUUGAGGAGAAGCUACGAAUUAUUGAAAAAACGCCUCGAGUUAUGACUCCGAAUUCGAAGAGAACAGGCGUUAUUGCUCUCAAAUGUGGUAUGACUGCAACAUGGGAUAAAUGGGGGGCUAGGAUUCCGAUUUCUGUGUUAUGGGUUGACGAUAAUAUUGUUUCUCAAGUGAAGACAGUCGAGAAAGAAGGGUUUUUUGCCCUGCAGGUUGGUUGCGGUCAGAAGAAGGAGAAACACUUGACGAAACCUGAAGUGGGUCAUUUUAGAGCUCAGGGAGUUCCUAUGAAAAGGAAGUUAAGAGAGUUUCCAGUGACAGAGGAUGGGCUUCUUCCUCUAGGAACUUCAAUAGGUGCUAGGCAUUUUGUCCCUGGUCAAUAUGUAGACAUCGCUGGUAUUACAAGAGGGAAAGGUUUUCAGGGUUGCAUGAAAAGACACAACUUCAGUGGAAUGCCUGCAAGUCAUGGAGCUUCAUUAUCACAUCGAAGUGGUGGUUCUACUGGUCAGAGAGAUGCUCCUGGAAGGGUAUUUAAAGGAAGAAAGAUGCCUGGAAGAAUGGGUGGGAAGCAACGAACAAUGAAGAAUGUUUGGGUGUAUAAAAUAGACCCAGCAAGGAACAUGAUAUGGGUUAGGGGCCAGGUUCCGGGUUCUGAAGGGAACUUUGUAUUUAUAAAAGAUGCAGUUUACAAAAAACCAGAUAUCUCCAUCCUUCCAUUUCCAACUUAUUUUGCUCCAGAAGAUGAGGAUCCAGAAGCAUUAGAACCUCUGAUUGCUGAUCUUGGGGAUGUUGAUCCAUUUAUGGCUGCUGAUUGAUUCAAUCUACGAUAAAUUCAUUUAACCCUCACUUAUUUUUCCCAGAUUUGUUAUAAUAGAUGGAACUAUUCUAGGAAGAGAUUAGAGAGAAAGAAGCAAAAGUUUCAAAAUUUUGUUCUCUCCAUCAUGCUUAUUGUUGUGAGAUAAUAAAAAGUGGUGAAAUACCAGAUUUUGUUUUGCCCUUUUCAA